AAAAAAAAAAUCACAGCAGAUUUUGACACGUGGACCCAUAGCAUUAUAAACGGAUGCAAACCUAUUUAUAUUCCAAUCUUUAAUCUUCCUUUUUUGUUCCGCUUCCCCCACCACUACUCUUCUCUUGUCUUUCUCUCUCCACCGCCAUUUCCGCCGCCUUAUUUCUCCUUUCUCUCUCCUCUAUCAUCUUGAAUCGGAAUUGACGAAUCCAGCUCGCUGAUUUUCCGUUACACCCGAGUUCCUCACAGAAAUCGUUCCGGUUUGUUUAACUCGAUCGGAGAAGGAACGAAUUUUGGAGAUUUAAUAAUUGUUUUUAAGCUGGUGAAAAUGACGACGUCUACCACGAGCGCGGUUUACAUCACUGUUAUUGAAGACGUCAUCGAGAAAGUUCGUGAAGAGUUUAUGAGUGAUGGAGGUCCUGGUGAAAAAGCUCUUCAAGAACUCCAAGCACUGUGGGAGUUGAAGAUGAUGCAAGCCGGUGCGGUGUUACAGCCUAGUGAAAGGCCGGCUGUGCCGAAGACUGUGCCAGGGGCGGCAAUUACUCCGGUUCAUGAUUUGAAUGUGCCUUACGAAGGUACUGAAGAGUUUGAGACUCCUACUGCGGAGAUGCUUUUUCCUCCGACGCCACUUCAAACUCCAAUUCAGACUCCUUUGCCUGGAACAACAGAUAGUUCAAUGUAUAAUAUUCCUACGGGACCUACAGAUUAUCCAACUCCAAAUUCGAAUGAAGGUGUCGGUACAGACAUGAAGCCUGGAGCUGGAAGGCCUAGUCCAUACAUGCCAGCUCCGUCACCUUGGAUGAAUCAGAGACCAGCAAUUGGUGUGGAUGUUAAUGUCGCUUAUGUGGAAGGUCGUGAAGAGGUGGAUAGAGGAACCUUACAACCAGCAACUCAGGAUUUCUUUACUGGCCCUACUGGAAAGAGGAAACGUGAUGAGUUUCCACCACACUUUUCGGGAGGUGGAUAUAUACCUCAGCAAGAUGGAUCUAGUGAUAUAUUUGAACUAGAGAUUAUACAAAGCAAUUCAACUGAAAGAGGUGGCGCAUCUGCACUGCAUAAAGGAUGUUCUUCCAGAAUUCCACAACUAGAUGGACCAAUUCCCGACCCUUAUGAUGAUAUUCUUUCCACACCCAAUAUAUACAAUUAUCAAGGGGUUAAUGAAGACUACAAUGUUGUGAACACUCCAGCUCCUAGUGACCUGCAAGCAGGAACUCCUGCUCCCCUUGUCCAGAAUGAUGUCGGAGAUGAAAAUGGUGACGAUGAGCCACCUCUGAAUGAAAAUGAUGAUGAGGAUUUGGAUGACAUUGACCAAGCAGAAGAGCUUAACACACAACAUUUAGUUCUGGCUCAGUUCGACAAGGUGACCCGUACCAAGAGCCGAUGGAAGUGCACCCUUAAAGAUGGCAUAAUGCACAUAAGCAACAAGGACAUACUUUUCAACAAGGCCUCUGGAGAAUUUGAUUUUUAAUUUUAAGAGGAUGGAGCCUUUUGGGUGAUUCAAUGGCGCGCAAAAAGAAGUUAUCUCGAGUAGCCAUUUUGCAUCUUAUGUCUUGUUAGUUGUUAUCGUAAGCUUAAUCUUUGAGGGCUAUGAACAUAAUCAAUAUAUGUUGUUAGAUGACUGGAUUUAUGUUGUUGGUCAGUUGUAUAUAAAGCCAGGGCCAUCUGUGUUUAAUUGUGGAUGGCCAAGUCAGUUUAUCUUUGUUUCUUAAAUGGAAUGUGAUUCCAUUAGUUAUGCAUACUUUGGACAUUUGGACCAUCUACUUGAGAUUGCAUUUUUUUUCCUGCUUUCUCUUACUCUGUCUCGUUCAAUUAUUAAUAUUGUGUAAUAGAUUAGUAAUCUUUAUUUAUGUUUUACCUCAGAAUGUGAUGAGGUAUUGUAACUCAUUUUCGCAUUUACACUAUGUGGUUACAAAUUUUC